AUGCUGAUCGGGGACAUUCACUCCACGCUUCUUGUCCUCAUCAAGCUCGGCUGCGAGAUCAAGUCCCGACUUGAGGCGCUGAACCAAGCCGCCGAGGACCUUCAGCUUCUAACGGCAAAUCUCCAGCUUCUGGUGACGGUGUUUGAAAACCCUGCGAAUGAAACCAUCCUCGCAGCACACGUCGCAGAAUUUGUCGCCAUCUUGGACAUUCUCGAGAGUAUUGCAAAGUCGUGCACAAAAUGCGCCAAGGCACUAGAGGUCGACUCUGCAAGGGCGCCACCCGCCCAUGACACUAUAGAGGCCUUUGGCAGAAAAAUGAUUCGCCGCAUCUGGAUCCUGAACCGGAUCCCCAGCCUGUUGGCCGAGAUUCAGCACAAGGCCGAGCACCUGCAAAAGGUUUACAGCGCAGUGUCGAUUGUGAUUUUGCAGGAUCUCCGAGCGAACCAGUCGCAGUCUUCUCCCGGGACGGAGCUGGCCAGAGAUUCAACGCUUGUGGGCCGGGGAUCAAACUAUGCAGACUUGAAUGGGCUGGAUUUUACGACCAAUUUUGCCAGCAUUGACCUGAUACUCGGAAACCUCAUGAAUGAGUGCAAGAAUCUGCGGCAGCAACUCCAUGAAAGUGUGAUACGCCCGGACGCUUCCGCCACCGAGCACUACCAACAACAAAAUCCAGAGGGGAUGACGUUUUGGAGAGACAGAUUCCAGAAAAAGGAGCUUGGCCCUUCCAGCCUUCGCUAUGAAACGCUCUACGUGUCGUGGGCCCGUUUCGUGCACGAGGUAGAAACAUCUUUCACGCUGAACAAUAUUCCAACUGGCGUUUUCGAAACGGGCAACAUCGAUGCCCUGCGCGAGCUCGGCCGUCGCUAUUCCAUCGACUUGCGCGACGGCCCUCGACCCGCUUCACAGGGGCUACGUCAAGCCGCAGGAUUAUUUUACUCUCCUCUCCAACUCGUCACUAUCAGAGACUCUGAGACGACUGGCGCUCGAAAACUCGGGCUAUGGAAUCUUGGUCGAAUGCGAGAGAGCAGCCAGUGA